AUGCCACAAGCAUUCCCAUCAACAGUCGGUGGAUAUGCGCCACCACCAGGACCGCCGCCGCCUAUUGAUAAUAAUAAUAGUAAUAGUGGUAGUUAUUUACCACCACCUUCACCACCACCUUCAACUCAACCACCACCACCUUAUUAUCAAUAUCAACCACCACCUGGACCACCACCCCCAACAUCUACUACAUCUGCUACUACAUCUGCUCCAACAUCCACUCAAUAUCAACCACCGCCUGGACCACCACCACCUUUAACAACUACUAAAUAUCAACCACCGCCUGGACCACCACCACCUUUAACAUCCACUCAAUAUCAACCACCACCUGGACCACCGCCACCUCCAACAUCUGCUACAUAUCAAACACCAGGCAGACCACCGUUCAAUUAUCAAUUAUCAAAAUGCAGUGAGUUGUAUAAUUUUCGUGAAAGUGACAUGGUGAUAUUGACAGAUGAUCAAACAAAUCCAAUUAAUAUUCCAAAUAGAGCAAAUAUUAUAAAAGCAAUGCAUUGGUUGGUGAAUGGUGCAGCUGCAAAUGAUUCUGGACACGGUGGUCAAGAAAAAGAUAGAAAUGGUGAUGAAGAGGAUGGAUACGAUGAAUCUAUCAUGCCAGUAGAUUUUAAACAAAAUGGGACAAUUAUUGAUGAUGACAUGCAUGCAAUUAUGGUUCGACCGUUACCACCUGGGGUUAGGUUAACAGCCAUAUUUGAUUCGUGCCAUUCUGGUACAGCUCUCGAUCUACCAUACUUAUAUUCAACUCGUGGAAUGAUCAAAGAACCAAGUAUUAUUUCAGACGGAGGAAAUGCUAUCCUAACCGUUGGAAAGUCGUAUUUGAGAGGUGAUAUUACCGGAAUAAAAACAACUUUGAUGUCAUUUGGUAAAAAAGUAGUAUCGGGUAAUAAAAUUUCUCAAAGGAAUAAACAAAAUAAAUCAAGUCCUGCUGAUGUAAUAAUGUUUAGUGGGUGUAAAGAUAUACAAACUUCUGCAGAUACUCAUGAAGCGGGACAAAACACAGGAGCAAUGUCAUACGCAUUCAUAAAAACAUUAAGAUCGAAUAGAAAUAUAUCAUAUCAACAAUUAUUAAAUUAUAUUAGAGAUAUUUUAGCAGAAAAAUAUUCGCAAAAGCCGCAACUUAGCUCGUAA